CCUCUCCCUUUAACCUCCAUCUCCCACGACACUGGGGUUCACAAACCGGAAGAGCUUCAACAAAGAGUUCGACGGGCAGGAUGUCAGGAGCUGCGUCGAGCAAGGGUAAAUCCGCCGGCACGACACCGGCUGCGGGUGCGGGUGCGGCGCGGGAAGUGAUCCAGGACUGGGCCGAUGGCGAAGGGGGAUACACGUUUGAGAGGGGAAGAAUGGAGGCGGCCGUCCGGAGCAUCUGCUUUGAUCGGCCCGCCACGUUCAAGCCGCCUGCCCCCGCUGGCACUGGUGCAGGUGCAGGUGCAGGUGCAGGUGCUGGAGCUGCUGCGAAGCCGGCAGCGGGAAGCGUCAAGCUCAACAAGGAUGAUGUCGAGUUGAUUACGAGGGACCUUUUGAUACCCAAACACGAGGCCGAAAGGGCACUGACUCAGAACGAGGGCAACUUGACAGAGGCACUCAAGAGUCUCUUGACGCCCGCUUCCUCUUAAACCGGUCCAUGACAACCUACCAGCCCGCAUGGCAACUGCGAGACAGUCCUCUCGCCGAUCGAGUGAAUGCUAUAUGAUUUACACGCAAGAAGAAAA